UUGCACAAAUAUUCCAUGAUCUUGAUGGUGGCUUUAGACCAAUAAAUUUUCUUUUUGAGAAUUUACCAACAAAAGCCAACAAAUUACGUGAUCAAGCACACAUUAAAAUGCGUAGUUUCUUUUUGGAUAUAAUGAAAUCACGUCGUGAAAGAGGUGUCACUGAUGGCACAGACAUUAUGCAAUAUUUGACAAAAGAUUGUGUUUAUAAAGAUGGAAAAAAAUUAUCAGAUGAAGAAGCAGCACAUAUUAUGAUUGCAAUGUUAAUGGCAGGUCAACAUACAAGCUCUACAACAAGUGCAUGGGCUUUUCUUUACCUUGCCCAGAGUCCAGGAUUAUUUGAGAAAUUAAGACAAGAACAAAUCAGAGUGUUGGGAUCACUUAAUGCUCCAUUAACUUUUGAGGCAUUGAAGGAGAUGACACUGCAUGACAAUGUUGUUAGGGAGACAUUGCGUUUACGACCACCUAUUCUUACGAUUAUUCGUAAAGUUAUUAGAGAUAUGAAAAUUCCAGGUACAAAUUAUGUCAUACCAAAAGAUUACUACAUCCAGGCUAUUCCAGUGGUUUCAGCAUGUUCAGAUGAAUUUUUUGAAAAUGCACAGACAUUCAAUCCUGGUAGAUGGGAGGAGUUUGAUAAGAGCAACUUAGUUAAGGAAAGGAAUGAUGAUCUUGUGGAUUAUGGAUUUGGUGUUUUGCAUUCUGCUAGUGCCAAAUCACCAUUUAUUCCAUUUGGUGCAGGACGUCAUAGAUGCAUUGGAGAAACAUUUGCAUAUUUACAAAUUAAAACAAUUAUAGCAAUAUUUGUUGAUGUGAAUCAAAAUUGA